AUGUUACAAAUUUUAGCUUCUACAAAUUUUAAAAAACGUUAUGAUUGUGCCAAAACUUAUGGCCUUUUAAUGUUAGAGAAGUCUUGUAUAAAAUAUAUUUAUGCUAAUAAAGAAGAAUUUUUGAUUAGUAAAGAAUGGGAGGAAUUUAAAUCUCUUAAUGGAGAAUCUGCCUUUAAAAUGUUAGAAGAUGCUUUGCUUGGGAAAUUUGUUAUAAAUGGCAAGCUUUGCUUUUUAUAUAAAUGUGUAAAUUGUUCUAGAAAAAGACUUAAUAAAUUUUUUUCUGAAAAUACUUGAUAAAUUUAAAUAAUUUUUAAAUUAUCAUAGUAAAGAAGAAGAAUGAUACAGAUGUUGAUUUUGAUCCCUUUGCGAGUUUUGGAUUUGGAGUGGAACCUAAUGAGGAUACUUAUUGAAAAAAUAUUUUUGAAUUUAAUUGUUUUAAUAUUUUAAUUAGAAUUUAACUUUUUUAAAUAAUCUGCACGGAAUUACUUUUUUUUUUGGACAAAUACUUAUAAUCAUUUUGUUUUAUAUAAAAUCAUAUAAUAAUCCUCAUUUUUUAGGUAGAUUUAAAUAAUAAUUUAUUAUCUAUUUUUAGCUCUUUUUUUGAAAUUAAGGGAUUUUUCUUUAAAUUAUUUUUUUCUAAAUACAUUCCUUGAAUAAUAGAAAAUAUUUAUCACAUUUAUCUUUCUUGAUUUUUUUAAAUUUUGCAUAAUUUGUGACAUUAUUUUAUUUUUUAUUUUGUUAAUCUCCCAAUUAUUUUCUCUUCCAGUAUUUUCCCCCAUUCAAUUUAUAGAAAUAGGUAUUUAUGGAUUUUAUGACGAACUUUCCAAUUAUUGUUCAGUUGUCGGAGGUAUAAAUGUGGUA